AUGUCCUCACCCACCACUGAACGCCCCGUGUUAUACUCCUACUUCCGUUCCUCGUGCUCGUGGCGCGUCAGGAUCGCAUUGAACCUCAAGAAGAUCGACUAUGAAUGUCGCCCUAUCAACCUUCUGAAGAGCGAACAGAGAUCCGAAGAGUAUCUCAAGAUCCAGCCUUCUGGAUUCGUCCCAGCCUACAUUGACAACACGACCGGCAAGACCCUGAGCCAGUCCAUUAGCAUCCUCGAGUAUCUUGACGACAUUUAUCCCGAGCAUUCACUGCUUCCCAAGGACCCUCUGGACCGCGCAACAGUUCGUGCGUUGGUUCAGACGAUUGCUAUGGAUAUCCAGCCUAUCGCCAACCUGCGCAUUCUCAAUUAUGUUGGCGAGGAUAAGAAGGCCGAGUGGGCUGCGCAUUUUUUGGCCGAGGGAUUUAAAGUGCUUGAGGCAAUGCUGGCAAAGACUGCAGGAACGUACGCUUUUGGCGAUUCGAUCACUAUGGCCGACCUUUGUAUCGUGCCCCAGGUGUACAACGGUGUCCGGUUCGGCGUGGACAUGAGCGCGUUCCCUAUUAUCUCGCGCAUCAACCGAUCGUUGGGCGAGUUGCCUGAGUUCGAAGCUGCUCAUCCCUCAAGGCAGAUUGACUGCCCUGCAGAUUUAAAGUAG